UCUGCCAACUCUUUCUUCUUCUCAUUUUUUUUCUCUUUUGCAUUUAUUACCUUUAUAUAAUUAGUACAAAAAAAUCUUAAAGCUGAAAGGGAAAACAAAUAUUACUAUCUUUAUGCCACUUUCCGUUCAUUAAAAAACCUAUCUUUCCUGGAAAAUCUCGACUUUUUACCACUUUUCUGGCAGAAAUGCUCCUUAAGCUUCCUGGGUAGUGUUAAAAAAACUAGCUUGUUUGAGUUCUUCUGAAUAAUGGGUAAUAGCUUCAUUUGCAGGACAAAGAAAGAUACCAAAGAUAAUGGAUCAAGAAGCAAGAGAAUUGGGAGGUCUCAAAGGAAAAUGCUUGCAGAAGAAGAGUUUUUGCAUAGGCAAGCUUUGUCUAUGGCUCUUCAUCAGCACCGAUUGUCUCAGAGAUUUGAUGGAUCCAUGUCUAGGAGGAUUGGCUCUACCAGUCCUAGAAGACACUCUGAUUCAUUAGCUAAUAAUGAAAAAAAGGUAUCGGAAUCUCUUGAAAAUGUCAAGUUUAAAAGAAUUAUUCUGAUACAUGGAGAAGGCUUUGGAGCUUGGUGUUGGUACAAAACCAUUGCUCAGUUGGAGGAAGUAGGCCUUCUGCCUACUGCAUUGGAUCUCUCGGGCUCUGGUAUUGAUCUAACAGAUUCAAACACUGUCACUACAUUGGCACAAUAUUCAAAACCAUUGAUCCAUUAUCUAGAGAACCUUCCUGAAGAUGAGAAGGUUAUUUUGGUCGGUCACAGCAGCGGAGGUGCAUGCCUUUCAUAUGCAUUGGAGUGUUUCCCAGAGAAGAUCUCCAAAGCAAUUUUCCUUUGUGCUACAAUGGUGUCUAAUGGUCAGAGACCUUUUGAUGUCUUUGCUGAAGAGCUUGGUUCUGCUGAACAUUUCAUGCAAGAGUCACAGUUUUUUAUUUAUGGAAAUGGCCAAGAUAAGCCUCCUACAGGUUUCAUGUUUGAGAAACAGCUGAUAAAAGGGUUAUAUUUUAAUCAAUCGCCAACAAAGGAUGUUGCUUUGGCCAUGGUUUCCAUGAGACCUACCCCACUAGGUCCUAUCAUGGAGAAACUGUCAUUGUCCCCUGAGAAGUACGAAACCGGGCGGCGCUUCUACAUUCAGACAUUGGAAGAUCAUGCUCUUUCAUCAGAUGUGCAAGAGAAGCUAGUAAGAGAAAACCCGCCUGAAGGAGUUUUCAAGAUUAAAGGGAGUGACCACUGCCCAUUCUUCUCAAAGCCACAUUCGCUUCACAAAAUUUUAGUAGAAAUUGUUCAGAUUCCUUAGCUUAAUUUUCAGAUAAAAAAGAAAAACUGGUUAUUCUUUGAUCUUUUAUAUUUCUAUUUUCAGAAAGAAGACAAGACAGGCAGUUAAUUUUAUGUACAACACAAGAGCCACCUGUCUGUAAUUUAUUCUUUUCUUCUUGCAGUAAAGAGAUUGCUGUUAAUCUCUUGUAAUUUGCAUGUUUUCAAGUAACGCAAAUUUUUUGAUUAAUCAUAAGUACGGACGGCAAACACAUUAGAAUGAUUCUUUGUUUCAUUUCAUGGUACACCAUAGCCCUUUUUUCAUGCCCCACUUUCUUGAAAUUUGUUUAAAACUGAAUGAAAAUAUAAAUCAAAAGAAAAAAAAAAAAAAAA